AUGGCAUCAACGAAUUCACAAAAUAAUAAUGGUAAUGAAACAUCAUCGGAACGUAUUAAAGUAGAAAAUAUUAAUGAAUAUUUAGGAGAUUUUCUUCAAACAUCACAACCAACAUAUGAUCCAAAAAUAAUUGAAAAAAAUCCUUAUACAUUUGCCAACAAGACUUCAGAUACAUCUACAGCAAAAAAUUCCAAAAGUACAACAUUUUUCGAUAUUUUUAAAUCACCAAUUCAUCUUACAGAUCUUUUUAGUCCCAGUUCUAUAACACAAGAUAGUUCAUUAAGCGAGCAAGAAAAAUUAAAACAACAACGUAUUGCAACACAAGCAAAGAUUAAAGAAAUAGGACAAGAUUUUUGGGAUAGAAAAAAAGAGAUUUACGAUGCUACAUUAAUUAAUUGUUCAGAAGUUCAUACAGAAUUACAAGAUUGUUUUAAAAAUGGAAAACUUUGGGAUAGACUUACACUUUGUAUUAAUAUGAGAGAUAAAUUUUGGAAUUGUAUGGAACAACAAAAGAAAUUUUUAUCUGAUAUGGGAUACGCGUCGCCAUUAAAAACAGCAGCAGAAAAUGAGGAAAUUUUACAUAAAGCCGAUAUUCAUUAUCAACAAAUGAGCGAGAAAGAUAAGGCCACUUGA